GCUAAGAUUGAGCAAUACUCAACAAUAUCAUAACAUAUACUAUUACUAUUACCCUUUCUCUCCCUAUCCUCUCUGUCUUUCUCUCUCUAUCUUUCUCUCCAAAAGGUUGAGUGUUCUGAUUAAGUUUUCAUGGGAAAUAACAUGGCAGAUGUACUAAGUGAGGAACAGAUUGUUGAGUUUAAAGAAGCUUUUUGUCUUUUUGACAAGGAUGGAGAUGGUGAGUUUUCUGCUAUCUCCUCAAUUAUUGGUUGCAUUACCAUUGAAGAAUUAGCAACUGUUAUCAGGUCACUGGAUCAAAAUCCAACUGAGGAAGAGCUUCAAGACAUGAUAAGUGAGGUUGAUGUUGAUGGAAAUGGUACCAUAGAAUUUGCAGAGUUCUUGAACUUAAUGGCUAACAAAAUGAAGGAAACUGAUGCGGAAGAGGAGCUAAGAGAGGCUUUCAAAGUGUUUGACAAGGACCAAAAUGGAUAUAUUUCUGCUAAUGAGUUGAGACAUGUGAUGAUAAACCUUGGAGAGAAAUUAACAGAUGAAGAAGUGGAACAGAUGAUUAGAGAGGCUGAUUUGGAUGGUGAUGGUCAAGUUAACUAUGAUGAAUUUGUCAAGAUGAUGAUGACAAUUGGAUAAAAAAAAAUUCUUACCCAACAAAAUUUCAUUAAACUCCAUCCUUAUUCCCCUUUUAAAAAAAGAUUAUGUAUUAAUGUUCUUUGGUUUGUUGUUGUUGUUUAGUCCAAUUAUGAUGUCAAUGACCACAAUGUAGAAUGACUUGCAAAACUACACCUUGAUUUGUUCAACUUGUUCCAUAUUGUAUUAUUUUUGCUUUUUAGUUCAAUAUAGUUUGUGUACCUUUUUAUUUA